AUGUCAAAUCUUGCAGCAGACGCUGCUGCAGCUGCUGAAAGAAAACUUGUGUUGCUAUGCUAUGCCAUGUUGUCUAGGUUAAGGUCAAGCCUUUGUAGACUGAACAACUCUGUAAGAAUUUUUAAAACUUUCCAACUUAGGAAAAUUAAAACUUCUCCACUUAUUUUACAUGGAGACUAUGAAUAUGAACCUCCCAAAAGCAAAGAAGAUAUUGUAAAUGUUACUUAUGUGGACAAGGAUGGUAAUAAGAAACAAGUUCAGGGAAAAGUUGGUGAUAACCUCAUGUAUUUGGCGCACAGACAUGAAAUUGAAAUGGAGGGAGCUUGUGAAGCUUCACUAGCCUGUACAACUUGUCACUGUUAUGUUCAAGGAGAAUAUUUAUCUAAACUUCCCCCACCAGAAGAAAAGGAAGAUGACUUGUUAGAUCUAGCACCAUUCUUGAAAGACAACUCAAGACUAGGAUGUCAAAUCAUUCUAAAUAAAGAGUUAGAUGGUAUUGAAGUUCACCUGCCUAAAGCUACCCGUAACUUUUAUGUUGAUGGACACAAACCUAAACCUCAUUAA